CAAACAGACCACACCUCAGGACGGACAGUGAGACUGCAAGGUUAACUGCUUCACUGUAUCAUCAAGGCUCCUCCUGAGUUUGCACACACACACACAUCAUAACAUUCAGUUAUAUUUCAGUGUGAUUAGAAAUGAAGAACAUACAAUAUAUCCCAGCGGAGGAUUUUACUUUUCUCCUCACAUAUCGAUUGUUUUGACAGUAUGUUAAACCGGUCUUCACUGUUUUAAGCCUUUGUUAACAUUACGCUUCUGUAAGUCCGUGUGGCUCAGUCUGAUUUCACAGGCAAAGCAGCCACUAUUGACAUCACACACUCUUUCACAUUGUCACAUCUCCAGAGUGAGCCCAGUUGUUUCUCUUUACUGUCUGCAGUUUACAACAUAAUUACCUUGAAGUACAACAUCUUGUGGUAACUGACCUGUGGCAGGUGUUUAUGGAUCAGGAAAUGUGAUUCACUUUCCCCUUUCAGCAUGUGUCCGGACAGCAGAUGACUGAUUCUUUCACCACAGCAUAAUGUUUAAUCUGGUGUUUAUCAUGCCUUAAUAUUUCCAUUAAGAAAAUUGGCAAAGGAAAGGUUUUCAUGUCUUUCCAUGUUUUCUGCACCUUUGUGCUGUGACCUCAGAGGCUGAAGGGGUUGUGUCUUCCAGUAGUCGUCUGUUUGUCCCGCUGUCAUGAACACCUUAUCUCAGGAAUGCCUGGAGGGAUUUCAAUUACGUUUGACCCAAACACUUGGACUUGAGGAUGAACUGAUUAGAUUUUGGUGGUCAAAGGUCUGUGUGACCUCAUGAACAUGUUUUUAGCCACAACUCAAGAAUUCAUACACUAAUGAGGACAAAAUUUCACACAAACGUCUAACAGAAUAAAAUGAAGUGGUGACAUUUUAUAUCCAAAAAGUCAAAGGUCAACCUCUCUGUGACACUGAAUGUUUUCUGUCCAUUAUUGAUACAAAUAACUGAUGUUUGUGCUCUGGUGAUGAUGAAGUGUUGUCCUUCAGGUCAGGUUCUUGGCGACACUGGGUGGCUCUAUCUUGGCAGGAGCAAAGUCAAAGGGCCAUAAAGAGGUGUUUGCUGGGAAAACUCCCCGCUUCCUGCUUCAGGACAAUCAGCAAGUUCCCUCAGCAGCAGCAGCAGGGGCACCAGGGCCUUCCUCCAAAGACACAAGUGUUCUCAGUUUCUGUACAGACUUGGUCCAUGUUUCUGCAAUGCUGCAUUUGAGUAAGGGGGAUUUCGUGUGGGUGGACUCUGGUGGCGGGCUGCCGAUUGGGGCAGAAGUCAGAGUGACAAAAACUGGACAGCUUCAACUGAUCGACGAUGAGGGAAAGGAACACAAGAUCAGUAAGAAGAUGGAGGGCAGCAUCCGGCCCAUGCACCCCACCUCUGUGAAGGGUGUGGAUGACAUGAUAAGGCUGGGUGAUCUCAAUGAGGCAGGGCUCCUCAGGAACCUCCUGGUGCGACACAAAGAAGGCGUCAUCUAUACAUACACAGGCUCCAUUCUGGUUGCAGUCAACCCUUACCAGCUGCUGCCCAUCUACACCAUUGAACAAGUGCAGAUGUACACAGACCGACGACUGGGUGAAAUGCCACCGCACGUCUUUGCCAUAGCAGACAACUGCUUUUUCAACAUGCGCCGCAACCGAAAGAACCAGUGCUGUGUCAUCAGUGGAGAGUCAGGAGCAGGAAAAACUGAGAACACCAAGCUUAUGCUGCAGUUCCUGGCUGCAGUGAGUGGCCAGCACUCCUGGAUAGAGCAGCAGAUUCUUGAAGCAAACCCCAUCUUGGAGGCCUUUGGCAAUGCCAAAACAGUUCGAAACGAUAACUCCAGUCGUUUUGGGAAAUACAUUGACAUCAACUUCACCAAGAGUGGAGCCAUUGAAGGGGCCCGCAUUGAGCAAUACCUGCUGGAGAAGUCCCGGGUUUGUCGUCAGGCUCCCGAAGAAAGAAACUACCACAUCUUUUACCACAUGCUGAUGGGCAUGCCGGCUGAGCAGAAAAAGAUCCUCUCCCUUGGGAACGCUGCUGAGUACAACUAUCUGACCAUGGGUGGCUGCACCAGCUGUGAAGGACGUGAUGAUGUUAAGGAAUACGCACACUUCCGUUCAGCUCUGAAGAUCCUCACGUUCACAGACAAUGACUCCUGGGAAAUCUCCAAACUGCUCGCUGCCAUACUUCACCUGGGCAAUGUGAACUUUGAGAGCACUAUUGUAAAUAACCUAGAGGCCUGUGAGAUGGUCACAUCAUCCCAUUUCAACAUGGCCAGCCAACUGUUGGAGGUGGCCCCCAAUGAGCUGGAGAAGAGCCUGACUCAGCGCUCCUUCAUGACAGCCAGAGAGAGUGUGACCAAAGCUCUGACGUCUGCCCAGGCUGUGGACGGCAGGGACGCCUUUGUCAAGGCUAUUUAUGGAAGACUUUUUCUUUGGGUGGUGGACAAAAUCAACUCGGCCAUUUACAAGCAACCUGAGGAUUCAGAGGAGGUCCAGCAGUCGAUAGGCUUGCUUGACAUCUUUGGCUUUGAGAAUUUCAAGAAAAACAGCUUUGAACAGCUGUGCAUCAACUUUGCCAAUGAGCAGUUGCAGCAGUUCUUUGUCAGGCAUGUUUUCAAGCUGGAGCAAGAGGAGUAUGCACGUGAAAACAUUGUUUGGAAGCACAUUGACUACCAAGACAACCAGCUCACCCUGAAUGUACUGGCCAUCAAACCGCUGAACAUGCUGGCACUAAUUGAUGAAGAGAGCAACUUCCCCAAGGGAACAGAUACCACCAUGCUCGAAAAAAUGAAUCAGGUGCAUGGGAAAGGCGGCAUCUAUAUUCCCCCCAAGAACAACUAUGAGACACAGUUUGGAAUCCAACAUUUUGCUGGAGUGGUUCACUAUGAUUCAAAAGGUUUUCUUGAGAAAAACCGUGACGCCCUGAGCUCAGAUCUGAUCCAACUGGUUGAGACCUCCACGAAUACACUCCUCAAGCAGACGUUUCAUAAUGACUUGUCCUCCGGUACGAUGAAGAACAGCGUCAACCCCAGAAUGGUCAUCUCCUCUGCGAACAACAGCCUCAGGCAAACGUCUGAUGGCAAGAAGCGUGUACCAACUCUGACUGGACAGUUCCGUCAGUCUCUGGACUCUCUGAUGAAAACACUGACGGCGUGUCAGCCCUAUUUCGUACGCUGCAUUAAACCCAAUGACUUCAAGAAGCCCAUGCUGUUUGACAGAGAGCUGUGCAUGCGUCAGCUCCGUUACUCUGGUAUGAUGGAGACCAUCAAGAUCAGGAAAGCUGGAUACCCUGUGCGCUACACAUUCGACGAGUUUCUAGGUCGCUACCGCGUCCUUCUGAAAACUUACCUCUGCGAUCCCAAAACAGAAAGUAAACAGAAAUGCUGUGAAAGCAUUUGUGAAACUAUGCUUGGGGAAAAGGAAGACUGGAAGACGGGCAAGACAAAGAUAUUCCUCAAGGAUUGCCAUGACACAACGCUUGAAGUGGAGCGAAUGAAGGAGCUAAAUGUGAAAGCACUUAUAAUCCAGAAGGUCCUGAGAGGCUACAAACACAGGAAACAGUUCCUGAAGAAAAAGGCAGGCGCUGUUGUUAUUCAGAAAUACUGGAGAGGACACAAAGGACGAAAGCUGUACAAAAUGGUCCAGCACGGUUUUGCGAGGCUGCAGGCGCAGGUUCGUUCUCGCCAGCUCCACUUCCAGUAUAAGAAGAAGCGGGAGGCAGCCAUUGUGCUGCAGACCCAAGCCAGGGGUUAUCUGGCCAGGAAGGAGUGGAAGCGCAAGAGAAACGCUGUGAUCCUCCUGCAGGCACAGACCAGGGGUGUGCUGGCAAGAAAAGCUGUCGAAAAGAUGAAAAGAGAUAUGUACCUCUCUGCUAAACAGAGAGAAGAAGAACAGAGGGCGAUUAUGGAGAAACAGAGAUACUUGGAGGAAGUGCUGAAGCAGAAGAAAGAGAUGGAGGACAAAGCUAAGUCUGAAUCCAUCACAGACCAGGAGAUGGUGGACAGCAUCUUUGACUUCCUCCCCGUUAUAGUUGGAGGACAGGAGGGACAAGCACCUGUGGGAUUUGAGAAUUUUGAGGGGAGAAGGAUGAUUACCGAGGAGAUAGAUAUUGACGACUUCCCCAUGGAGGAAGAUCUUCUCAAAGAAGAUGAUGAUGAACUGGAUGAGUACACCUUCUCCAAGUUUGCCUCCAUGUACUUCCAGGGUGCAGCCACCCCCACGCACAUCCGCCAGAGGCUUCGACAGCCCCUGCUUUACCACGAAGAUGAAGGAGAUGUCUUGGCUUCACUGACAGUGUGGUGGAUCAUCCUGAGGUUCAUGGGAGAUCUCCCUGAGCCCAAGAAGCAGGUCCAGGGAACCUCGAGACAGGAACGUCUUCUGCCACAGGACCUGAUAUCCAGAAAUGACAGACGUCUCAGCCACAUGGUUGGCCUGGAUCAGAGGGUGCUAAGGAACAAUAAAGAGACAAAGCCUACCACAGUACCCGAGCAGCCAACGCAAAAGAGAAAGAGCUCCAUGUUCACAGAUCUUCUGACAAGAAACAGGAAGGCUUCUGCUAUGCCCAGUGAGACAACUCAAAACCCAAAGGUGUACACUGUGCCAGAGGAGAGUGCUCGGACAAGGAAGGGAUCCACAUUCACUGACCUACUGUCCAGAAACAGAAAAACAACUGCUGUGCAAGAAAAUGGCAUCCCCAAAUCCACUUCAGGCUUCAGGAAACCCUCAAUCAUAAUGGAGGAGUCAGAUGAUCCGACUGAAGGGUCUAAGCCUCCCACCCUGCAGACUGUUGAGGAGGACAGGGAUGUCAUGAUUGGAGAAGGGCCCACUCUUGACCGACCACUGACCUCUCUUGAAAAGCUCCACAUCAUUGUGGGUUAUGCCAUUGUCAGACGCGACCUUCGGGAUGAGAUUUACUGUCAAAUCUGCAAGCAGCUUCAGGAUAACAACAAUCGCAACAGCUUCUUUCGCGGCUGGAUCCUGUUGUCCCUCUGUCUCGGCAUUUUCCCACCUAGUGAGCACUUUUUAAAGUACCUGCAAAGUUUCAUCCGUUUCGCUCCAGGAGGCUAUGCCUCCUACUGUGCAGAAAGACUGCGACGCACAGGAAUGAAUGGAGUGCGUGGGGAGCCUCCAGCCUGGUUGGAGCUGCAGGCAACCAAGACAAAAAAGCCCAUGAUUGUCUCUGUGACGCUGAUGGAUGGACGCACUAUGAACCUGCCCGUUGACUCAGCAUCUACCUCCAAAGAGAUCUGCCUUCUCAUCUCUAACAAAGUCAAACUCAAAGACACCUUUGGCUUUUCCCUCUACGUGGCCCUGUAUGAAAAGGUGUGGGCUCUGGGCAGCGGCCGUGAGCAUGUGAUGGACGCCAUUUCCCAAUGUGAGCAGGAAGUAAAGAGGAGAGGAGGACAGGAACAGCACGCUCCUUGGCGUCUCUUCUUCCGCAAGGAGAUCUUCACCCCCUGGCAUGACUGCAAAGAGGACAACAUCAGCACAGACCUCAUCUACAAACAGAUCAUCCAUGGUCUGAAGUUCGGAGAGUACCAGUAUGAAAGGGAGGACGACUUUGUUCAGCUUGCUGCAAAACAUUUAUACAUCCAACAUGGCUCAGACAGUAGUCCAGAACAUGUGAAAAAAGCUGUUCAGGACUGCAUCAGCAACUCUCUGCUGGAGGCCAAGUCAGAAGCCAAGUGGAUGCAAAUGAUCAGUACCGCUCAUGCUCAGGGUGCAUAUUUGAGUUCAAGGCAAAAGGAAGAUUCAGUGAAGGCAGAGAUGGUCAACUACACCCGAGAGAAGUGGCCAAUAUUCUUCUCUAGGUUCUUUGAAGCUGUCAAAGUGUCAGGUCCUCCACUGCCAAAGAGCAAAUUCAUCGUGGCCAUAAACUGGACUGGAAUCACCUUCCUGGAUGAGAGAGAGAGGAGACUGCUGGAGCUCUCCUUCCCUGAAGUCACUGGAGUCAACACGAUUAGGGAGGGUAAAGCAUCUGGCCAGGUGGUGAGCCUGCUGACACUGAAAGGAGACUUCACUCUGAGUGGAAGCAUGGCUGAGGACAUGGCAGAGCUGGUAACAAUGUUCCUCAGUGGACUGACGGAGAGAUCUCAGUAUGCUGUGGCCCUGAGGGAAGCCAACAGACAAGAUGACCCCACAUUCCUCAGCUUCAAGAAAGGAGAGCUCAUUAUAAUAAUCAAAGAUAAUGAGUUUUCCCAGGAACGUGGUUGGAUAAAAGGAGAAAAUGAGCGCACGAGACAAGUAGGAGCCGUCCCCACUGAUGCCAUCUCGAUCGUGCCAACGCUCAGCAAACCCACCAAUGAGGUCAUGAGCCUUCUCAACUUGUCUCCAAACCAGAGGAAGAACAUCAUACAGGCAAACCAGAAAGAAACGGGAACAAUGCAGAGAUUAGCUCCUGCCACUCUAAAGGAAUACUCCUUGGAAUACUUCAGGCAGCCCAUUAAGGAUGUGAACCGUCAGGUGAUGUCCAGGAAUGCUGCUCCGGAGAGCCUGUGGGUCAGCUCCAGAGAGCCAAUCAGACAGCCCCUCCACAAGAAACUCGUUGGCAACUCAGAGCUCAACCACAAAGCCUGCCUGGCCUUCACCGCGAUCCUGAAAUAUAUGGGGGAUUAUCCCACCAAGCAGAUGGUGAGUCCUCUGGAGCUCACCAACCAGAUCUUCAGCCCCGCCACUGAACAUGAGGCACUCAGGGAUGAGAUCUAUUGCCAGAUCAUGAAGCAGAUGACCAACAAUAACAACAGGAUCAGCUUGGAGCACGGCUGGCAGCUGCUGUGGCUCUGCUGCGGCUUGUUUCCCCCGAGCCAGGCUCUUCUGAGGCACGCUCAGCGAUUUCUGGAGUCGCGCCGCAGAGAACCCCUCGCCUCUGACUGUCUGCAGCGGUUGCAGAGCUCGCUGAGGAUGGAUCCCAGGAAUCUCCCACCACACCAGGUUGAGGUAGAUGCCAUCCAACUAAACAGUACCCAAAUAUUCCACAAAAUCCACUUCCCCAAUGACACAGAUGAGAUAUUCGAGGUCACGACAAGCACCAGGAUCAAGGAUCUCAUCCAGAACAUUGCCAACAAGCUCAAUCUGACUUCUGCAGACGGCUUCAGCAUCUUUGUCAAAACACAUGACAAGGUUCUCGGUUUGAACGACACAGACUACUUCUUUGAUAGUCUGAGACAAAUAACUGACUGGUCCAAGAAAGCCAACAGGAUCAAAGAAGGUGGGCCAGUCAGCAUGCCCUACCUUGUGUUCUUCAUGAGGAAGCUGUGGUUCAAUGUGAUCCCUGGCAGAGACACAGAGGCCGAUCUUAUCUUCCAUUUCCCUCAGGAGGCACCGAAGUACCUGAGAGGUUAUCAUAUUUGCACCAAAGAGGAAAUGGUCAGCAUUGCGGCUCUGUUCUUCAGGAUUAAGUUCAGCAAUGACAAGAGCCAGCUUGCCCUGAUUCCAAAGAUUCUGAAAGAGCUGGUGCCCACAGACCAACUUAAGGUCAUGUCUGAAAAUGAGUGGAAGAAGAGUAUUAUUGCCUCUUAUAACAAACAAGCUAAUAUGACUGCUGAAGAAGCUAAGGUGGCCUUUCUGAAGAUGGUUUACCGCUGGCCGACGUUUGGCUGUGCGUUCUUUGAAGUGAAGCAAACGUCAGAGCCAAAUUUCCCAGAUAUUGUUCGAAUAGCCAUCAGCAAGCAAGGCCUCACCAUCAUUCACCCUAAAACCAAGGAUGUGUUAGCAAAUCACCCAUUCAACCGCAUCGCAAACUGGUGCAGUGGAAGCACCUACUUUCACAUGACUAUUGGCAGUUUAGUCAAGGGGAGCAAAUUCCUGUGUGAAACAUCACUGGGUUACAAGAUGGACGAUCUUAUAACCUCCUAUGUCAACAUGUACCUCAGAGAGAGGAGGGCAGGGCAAAACAGGAACCCACGCUUCAACAUUUGAGACUCAGUAGCAUGAAUGUGACACAACCGGUGUCUGUCUCUGCAACACACUCCACAUGUAGUUGAAAGAAGAAAGAAGCAGAGCAGGACUAGAUGUCUGUUUUUUGAAGUGCAAUCAACUUUGUUUGGAAAAACACACACCUUGAUUUAUUGCACGAGAAAAAGUUGUAGAUUUCUCACCUUUUAUUUAAAGCUGAUGUUUCUUUGGCAUGUAUGCAAGUAACAUAGUCCUCAGUGAACAGCUCAUGUUCUAGAUAAUACUGAUACUCUGCACGUCAUUUUAUUCUCCUUAACUUAUGGAGAGGAAAUAGUCUUACACACCAUUCAUGAUCCACACAAAGGAGAUUUAGAUAGAUAGAUGUUCAAAGCUUGAAAAAAUGUCAGUCAUCUUACACCUCUGAUGCAGAAAUGCAUGUUGCGUUCAGGUGAUAAACUCCUGUCUGAAUGUCCUGUUAGCAGGAGGCUUUUUUUCCCUCUAAAAUGUUCUGUAUUUCAUCCACAUCUGGUGAACCUUUUUGCACAAAUUAAGGUUUGAUGGUAUAUGUUUGUAUAUGUAAAAAUUAAUUUGUGAAUAUUGUAAUUUAUUCACAAACAUCACACACGUUUGUAAACCUCAUUUGUAUUUUUGGAUCAUAAAUUUGUCACUACUAUUGAAGGUAAUUAUUCUCCUUAUCAAUCUGUUUGGCUUCAAAACCUUAAUGGCGCUCUGUGGAGUAUAAAAAGUUAAAAAUCGUUCAUGUUGGCUAGCAUGCUGGUCAACUCGUAGGCUUAGUUUGCACCUUAUCGCCACCAGCUGUUGCUGUAGCUGGAAUAGGGUGAAACUGGAGACAGAUGUGUUUGGCGUCCUUGUGUGCCUUAAUAGUACUAACAAAACCAGAUUCGCUAGUCACAGCUAUCUGUUCGAGGUGGAAAUGUUGCACCGUUAUCCAUAAAAUAUACACCAUUGUUCUGCCUUUAAGCUGGCAGUGGAGCUAGUAACAGAGGCAAACUGAUGUCUGUGUAAAAAAGGUGAGAUGGCAUUCUGACAGCCACACUAGAUGCUGACGCUGCUGACGUUCUUUCUAGUAUCACACACUCAUUGUAAAAAAAAGGCAAAUGCAAUGUAACGCCGAGUGUUCAGUGCCAUGAAAUCUAAGCUUUUGCCUCAUAAUGGUCAAGAACUCCACAGGGUAUAUUUAAAUAAACUCAUAUACAGCAAAUAUUUUAAGUACUUUAAAUGAUUAUCCUCAAUAAAAUCAUUUAUUGUUGAAAGAUACAUUUUUCCCCCCAAAAUUGUCAAAUAAAUCAUUCUGGAAGCCUGUUCAAAAA